CGCAGGUGUGCAGACACAAACCAAACCAAACCGAGGAGUGUGAGGAGGAACAGAGACGCACCGGUUUGACUUCUAUCUGCUACAAUGAGGAAUCUGUUGGGACUUGUUGUCAUCGCAGGACUCAUUUCUGCUGGGAGCCUCCAACCCACCGAACCAUUACCACUUGCCAUCAAAAAACCUGUUAACGAACGCUGUUGGACCGAGUGGUUCGACAGGGACAACCCUUCAGGGACGGGAGACUGGGAGCUGCUGACUCAGCUGCGUAAAAAGUAUCCAGGAAAAAUCUGUGACAAACCCGUGGACAUCGAGGCCAGGACUUGGUCUGGAAAAACCCCGGCCGCCGCAGGAGACACGGUCGAGAUGGACAAAGAUAAAGGGUUCGUCUGCAAAAACAAAGACCAAAAAGACAAACGCUGCAACGACUACCGCGUUCGCUUCAGCUGCUACUCCCCCUACUGCGCAGAAGAAGUGUGCUGGACUGGCUGGUUUGACCGCGACGACCCCAGUGGAACAGGAGACUGGGAAACUCUGAGCAGUUUGCAAAAACAAUAUCCGGGAAAAAUCUGUAAGAAACCCAAGUACAUCGAAGUGGUGACCGUGUCGGGCAACGUCCCUGCCACCGCGACCGGACAGGACUUCUACAUGUUUAAUCCAACCGAGGGCUUCGUGUGCAAGAAAAGCAACCAUCAGGACUGUAAAGACUACAAGGUGCGCUUCGGCUGCUGCUGCGACUGAGGACCACCACAGACUGGAUGUUCUUCGGUGGUGUGAUGUCCAUGUUUUGGUCAAACUGGAGAAGAAAUAAACGGCUAAUUUUAAAAAAA